GAAUCCACCUGCGGCUGCUGUGCUAUCCAGCCAUCUGUCAGGAAGGCGAGUGGGCGUCGACUGGACCGUGGCAGGCCGGAAGGGCACCGUCAGGUUGGAAAGGACUUGAGGGAUCUCAAUGACAGAAGGCCGGCCAGCUGGUUGAAAUCUCGAUCCCAGACGGAGGGCACCACUCAAUACUAGACAGACAGGCCCUUCGGCCUGCUUCUUCUUGCCUUAGUGCUCAUUUCUUGCAUUAUGCUCUUCUUAUCGUCUGGCGCGCCAAGGAUCUUUUCCUCAGUCUCUCCUUUCCCCUCAUUGCGUCUCACUUGUCGCCAGCGGUGAGGAGGGUUUUAUUUCAUCUUCGCGCGCUUUCCUCGCUUUCCGACAAAGUGUCAUCUGACAUGCGUUUCAUGUAGGUGCCUGCUCUUGCUGGGGGUGGGAGUGGUUGGAAUGAAAAGAAUCAGAUCCGCGGGAGGUCCGAUCGCAAUCAUCGAAGAAGCAGAAGAAGGACGACGAUGUGGUUAUUGGCAUUCUAUCCAACCCGACCCGGCAUCCACAGUACGUACAUACAGCACACGCUCAGCAAGCUUCUCGCCCAGUUACUUGGCCACCUGGCAUGUGCUGAGGUGACACCAGCCUUAGCCGCUGCUGUGACGGUCUUGAAUUUGAUCUGUAGCACCUCACAGCGUGAGAUGGGAGAGGGGGAAUUGCAUUGUCUCAAACACUAUCAAAUGCCAAAUGAUGGAGCGUAGAUUCUCAAGCCCUUAGGUACUGGCAG